AUGGGUCUUCAGGCUGGGUAUCCUUAUAGCGAAAUCCGACGAAGGUACCUUCAAAAAAGAUCAAUCCGAGCUUGCAAAGCUCGAGUUGAAACUCUAGAGAAAAAUGGCAUGCUAGCCAACUUUUUUCCAAUUGCCUCACAAUCGAGCUUACCAGCCCGGUCACGCGCGGGGCAAAGUGGCAAUAAAGAACUCCCCGCCAGAAGACGCUCAAAUCCCGCAAGGAGAUCGAGAUUUCCCGGGGUUCAUGCUGACCAGUCGUUGGCCUCUGCAGACGAGGCGACUGACGCCAGUUAUAUGUCCCCAGACUUUUCAGAUGGAGAGGACAGUGACGAUUCAUAUGUGGAUCCCAGCCCCGACAUUGACGUUCCGGAUGCCUCUCCUCCAGACACGCAUAAUCCAAUGGAUGUCGCUGUCAUUUCGACUAUGAUGGCGCCCACGGACGAAGAUAUUGACCAGGUGCAGCCCCAGGAUAACAUAUCUGUGGAACAAACCGCCCCCGGUAUGCCUCAGAGUCAGGAGGCAACCUCUACCGAAGUCGAGGCUCGUCGAAUUCAUAACUCAGUCCGGGAUAUCUGGAAUCAAAUAUCUCAGUUCUACAUCAAGUAUCCCGCUCCAGACGUGAAUGUUCACCAGAUAGAUGAGUGGGAUAAGGACUACCAGGACAUUCAGGGUCUGCUUUGGCUGUGGCCCAGAGAACUGCCUCCGCAAUACGCAGUGGUGAAUGAGGAGAUUCCAAUGGAUGCUCCGACAAAUCUAAUUCUGGCUCACCUGGAAUACCGAGUCGCACAAAUCAAAUGGUACGGCCCAAUGCGCAACUGUGAUCCGUUGCGGAGACCCAAUGGGAUUUUCAGGAGUCCGGAACGGACUUGCGUCAAUGCAGCCAGGGAGAUUGUUUCAAUCCUUGAACAACAUCUCCGGCGAACACCGCUGGAUAUGAUAGGCCCCCAUUUGAAGGCCCUGGCAACGGCGACCCUCGCCGCAUUCAAUGCUCUCAAAGAUCGCGCUUUUGGUCGAGAUCGAGACAUACUUAUGAUUCAGAGAAUUACACAAAUGCUUGCAAGUCUCCUCAAUGUGCUGGUAAGCGAUGUGUCCGGCAACCUGGCCACAUCGAAUGAGCUCUUGCCUCCCGAAAGCACCCCCUGCGUACCAGUGAAUGCGCCCAGCACUCUCAGCCGAGGGCCUGAGGAGGUUCCAGAUGCCUCCAAUCAGCACAAUAGUUCCGAAUUUGUCCCCUCGCCAUCAACUCGAACGGAGUAUGGCCCACUCAAUGGUGAGAAUGCUUCUGGAGAUUUUCGAUCAAUUCAGACCGACGCUGACAGCGCUCAAUCUCCUUCAGAGCACGAAGCCGGCGUGAACGCUCACCCGAGUACAGCGGAGCCCUCGAAUUUCACGGACGGGCUUAGUGAUCAACGGCAACAGCGACAAGCUGCAACGAGCCCAAUGACAUACGCAGCACCAUCUGAAAUAUCACAAAACACUUUCAACGAGCUGUUAUUUGGGGACGACCCCAUGUUUAACAACUUUCAGAGCUGA